GCCAAAGGCAUGAGAAUGUUGCCACCAAGGGAAUCUGUACUGUGGCUGCAGUUGCUGCUGAUCUGCAGUUGCCACAUCGUGUUGCCACAUCGGGGGGCAAUGGGGCAGCCAGCUUUGCUGCGACGCAACAUCAUCAAGGUGCGUGCAAGUGGAUUUCUACCAUUCGAAUCGGAUCUGUUGCUGCCACUGGGCAUCUUGCGUCAGUUGCAGGCACAAGAUCGUGCCUCACGUCUCCUGCCCCCCUCCACACGCCGCAGGCCCAAGCCGAAGCCCAAGAUGAAGCAACAGGUGCGUCUGGAGCGUGCUCAAGCGGAUGCUGGCAUCCAAAUGUAUAAUCUCAUUGAUGACGACGGCGAGCUCCUGCUCAAUCUGAGAGUUCACAGUGAGACCAGCAACAGUAACAGCAAAAACAACAACAACAACAAUCACUUGGAUGCACUGCCUCAGGCCAGUCAAUUGGAGGAGCUGGCCACGCCCUGGCGUCCCUCAAAGUGGCGACCCACAAAGAGACCGUCGCCAGCUGUGACUUCAUCAUCGCCACGUCCAUUGCCAUUGCAUCAAUAUCUCAGCAGCAACAGCUUCGAGCAGCAGCAGCAGCAGUUGACGUCGCCGUCGCCGUCGGCGUUGACGCAGCAGCGACGCAUGUUUGGCGCUCGACAAGAUUGGAGAAGCUAUCAAUGAACAGGCCUCUAAAUUUUACAUUUAUUUAACUUAUUUUUCAUUUACAUACAU